CCCACCAGCCUCGCCACCCACCACUCCACCCAAAACGCCAAAGCAUUUUUAAGCCCCCCGCCACGCCGCAUCGAAAACCAAUUCAUCCCUUCCAUUCUCUCCUCCCGAUUCCCGUCGUAGAAGCGAGCGGCGGGAGCCCCGAAGCGGCGCGCGAGAUGUGGGUGUUCUACAUGAUAUCGCUGCCGCUGACGGUGGGGAUGGUGGCGGCGACGCUGCGCUACUUCGCGGGGCCCGCAGUGCCGGCCCACGUCCUCGCCGUCGUCGGCUACGCGUGGCUCUGCUCCCUCUCCUUCGUCGUCCUCGUCCCGACCGACAUCUGGACGGCAGUUUCUGGCAAUGGAGAUCAGAAGAGUGACGUUAGAUUCUUCUGGAGCUGGUCGUAUUGGAGUACAUUUAUCCUAGCAUGGUCUAUUGUUCCCACUCUUCAGGGCUAUGAAGAUUCUGGAGAUUUCACGUUCAGAGAAAGACUGAAAGCUAGCAUCCACAAGAACAUGACCUAUUAUGCAAUUGUUGGAGCCAUCGGCCUUUUUGGACUCAUUCUAAUUAUAAUAAUGCGCCAUGAUUGGGUCCGUGGUAUCUUGGGCUUUUCCAUGGCAUGCUCAAAUACCUUUGGCUUAGUGACAGGUGCCUUCCUGCUUGGUUUUGGAUUGAGUGAAAUUCCAAGGAAUGUAUGGCGAAGUGCUGAUUGGACUCGUCGUCUACAAUUUUUAUCUCAUAGAGUUUCGAAGAUGGCUACAAAGCUUGAUCAUGCUCACCAAGAAUAUUGCAAUGCGAUAUUUGUUGUUCAAGCCACCUCGAAUCAAAUGUCCAAGCGUGACCCAUUAAGACCUUGCAUGGAUAUCAUCAAUGAAAUACUGACUCAAAUGCUGCAAGAUGAUCCGUCAUUCAAGCCUUCUGGUGGGAAAUUAGGGGAACAGGAUAUGGACUAUGAUACUGAUAAUAAAACAAUGGCUACACUCCGACGUCAACUUAGGAAAGCCCACGAAGAGUAUUAUAGGCGUAAAAGUGAUUAUAUGACUUGUGUUGUGGAAGCCCUUGAACUAGAAGACACUAUCAGAAACUAUGAGCAACGUGAUGCUAGUGGAUGGAAAUACAUGUCAAGUUUCAGGGAAAAUCGAUCAGGCACACUGGGUUCUUUCCUUGACUCCACAGAGUUCAUUUGGCGCUGUUUACUGAGAAAGCAACUUAUGAGAGUACUUGCUGUUAUCCUUGGAUGCAUCUCGGCUUCCAUACUGUUGGCUGAGGCCACUUUGCUUCCAAGUGAUGUUGAUCUAUCACUUUUCUCCAAUCUUAUAAAUGCUGUAGGAAAGCGAGAAGUUCUAGUCCAGGUUGCUGCGUUUGUUCCCUUGAUGUAUAUGUGCAUCUGCACAUACUAUUCACUGAUUAGGAUAGGGAUGAUGCUGUUAUAUUCGUUGACCCCAGGACAUACUAGUUCAGUCAGCUUGCUUAUGAUCUGCUCAAUGGUUGCAAGAUAUGCACCACCCAUUUCUUACAACUUCCUGAAUCUCAUUCACCUUGGUGGUAAUGCUAAAACUACUUUUGAAAAGAGAAUGGGAAACAUUGAUGACGUUGCUCCUUUCUUUGGGAGAACCUUCAACAAAAUCUACCCACUCAUUAUGGUUGUUUAUACUCUAUUGGUCGCCGGAAAUUUCUUCGAGCAUUUGAUAGACUUUUUUGGGAGCUUGAAAAGGUUCAAGUGUUGGACUGACCAAGAAGAUAUGGAUGGGUUGGAUCCAUCUGGAUUAUUUAUUCUUCAGAAAGAGAGAAACUCCAUGGAACAAGGACGCAAAGUCAGUGAGCAUGCAACUCCACUAGCAAGAAAUUUCUACUGUUUAGGCAAAGACGUCGAAUCUGGAAACAUACCACAGGGCGAGGAUACAGUGGAGACGAAGCCGGAACGAACCGCCCAGCCGAAGCACGGUGGCGAUGUUGCUCACAGAUAUUCUUCAGUUAGGGAACAGUACAGCAGCUCGAAACCAGAGGAGCAAGUUCAGAAGGAAAUUUCACCGGCCUCCAUCAAGCUCGACACCGGAAAUUCUGAAGAGCCGGCGGCUCCAGAUUCACCGGCUGAGACGGCCUCAAGGUGGGCCUCAAUGAAGAUGGGUCUUCAGAACUUCAGAGCAAGCAUGGGCUCCAAGAAGUUCCUCCGUUUGGGCCUGUCUUCUAGGGCCACCGGGACGAAUGAAUCUGCUACGGAAACACUCGAUGAGAUCUUCCGGAAACUGAAACGGCAUUCGAACAGCACGGAUGCGGAUCACCUCGACGACGAUGGAUUGCCUUGACGACGGUAGGGGCAGCAACACGAAGAUGCAACACUGUUGAGAGACCAGCAAGGUCUCGUUUUUCGCUUGACGGAAACAAGAAAAGCUCAGGCUGCGAAGGAGUAGAGGGUAGUAGUAGAAACACAAAGGAGUGGACACAGGAUGACAGGGACUUGACCAAGGUACAGAACGUACAGAAUUUUGUAUGCUCGUGGAGGGACCCAGGUUCUGGAGAAGUGUAAAUAUGAACAUGAACUGGUGUCGCAAUGAGAGUAAAACACUAAAAUGUACAGUACAUGCAAGUCCUAAGUAUCAUCAUCUGUGGGAUGCCAGAUGUGUUUCUGAUCA